AUGGCGUCCUUCGCGGCGCCGAUCCUCGACUGCGAGCGCACGAUCGAGGCGGCGCACUGGAAGCGCGUGCGCUUCCUCUGCAAGAUCACGGAGACGAAGUACGCCUCCGGCGGCGACGACGGCCUCAUCAAGUUCUGGGACCUGGAGACGGGCGCGCAGGACCCCAUGGUGCUGGACCACGGCCAGGACGGCCCGCACAAGAACCACGACCACGGCAAGGGCGGCGUCAUGUGCCUCUGCCUCAUCGACGAGGACAACCUGCUCUCCGGCGGCGUCAAGAACCUCAUCAAGCACUGGGACCUGAAGACGGGCGAGGUCAAGUUCGAGUACGAGGGCCACGACUCCUGGGUCAUGUGCAUCACGCUCUUCCCGGACAAGAAGAGCUUCCUCUGCGGGUCCUGCGACCGCACGAUCCGCCACUGGACCGUCGGCAAGGAGGAGUGCGAGCGCUACAUGAUCAAGCACACGCAGGGCAUCUACGGCAUCGAGAUCAUCGACGACAACACCUUCAUCUCCGCGUCGGCGGACUGGAGCCUGAAGCUCUGGAACUUCGAGGACGGCACGGUGCUCCGGACGUACGGCAACGAGUCGUGGGAGCCCGAGGAGCACGAGGACGGCCACAAGAUCUGGGUCUGGUACUGCCUCCUCCUCGACAAGGACCGCUUCGCGUCGGCGGGCCACGACGGCAUGUGCAAGAUCUGGAACAUCUGGACGGGCGAGUGCCUCUUCACGCUCCAGGUCGCGGACCACCUGAAGAUGAAGUGGAACCAGCGGCCGCCCUACCGCUGCCUCGUCAAGUACCAGGAGGGCAAGCUGCUGAGCGCCUGCGAGGACAAGACCAUCAAGAUGUGGGACUACGAGACGGGCGAGCUCGAGCAGACCUACGCGGGCCACUCGCAGGCCGUCUGGACGAUCCUCCAGAUGGGCGACAAGGUCCUCUCCGGCUCCGGCGACUCGACGAUCAAGCUCUGGGCGCCGUCGACGGCCGAGCUCGAGUGA